AUGGGUAAAAAGAAAUCCCGUAUCUCUGAUAAAGGCAGAAACAAAUGUGUAAAGAAGACUUUAACAAAGGGGCUAACGUCCUCCACCCCUGAGGCUAAAAAUAAAUAUGGAGAUAUUAUUCUACGUUGGUUGACCUUCGAAUUACGACUGCUUCAACGAUUAGUCUACAGGAAUAAGAACCAACAUCGCUCAAGCGCCUUUAUGUCGGCUGUAUGCGGAAGUGUGCGAUCUCUGAAAAGGUUCACAUCGUUCUUCAAACAAAAACGCUCGACCGAUGAAUUGGCGAUAUUACAUCUGGAUGAAGAAUUCAACCGCAAAUUCUACAUCAGCUUAAAGGAUGUACUGACGACAAGCGCGGAAAUAUCACGAAUGCAUGCCCAUUAUGCCCACGUACCACUCAUUACGGUACUUCUGAGCAUAUACGGGUAA